UUUUCAGGAAAGAGGCACGCGUGCGCUUCUUCUUCUAAGGUUGAAUGAAAGUGAUAUGCGCAGAGGACGACUCUGCUGUGCCAGUGCCCGUGAGUGUGAGUGUAGAAGUUAAAAAGGAGCUGACAAGGCAUUAUCUUAAUCUUACUUGCGAGAGAUUUGGAUAUGGAAGUGACAUGUCGUGCGUGGUCCUUCGCACCGCCCUGCUUACUAUUGGAGGUAUUUUCUAUUUCUGUAAGCAGCAGCUUCUGGUUCUGCUACAGGCAGCCGCAGCAUUGCAAAUAAAAAACGAUGUCCUCCACGACCUCCAACCGCAACCUCGACGCCAUCUGUUCCAACUUCAUGCCCCUGCUUGCGGUCUACCGCAGGAACAGACAGCCUCUGCCGACGGAUUUAUUGAAGUACAUCCUGCUAGUUCUGCUCGAAGCCGACCGGCUGAACUUGGCACGGAAAGUGUUCAACGAGUGGGAGGCAAGAAGUGUGGCGAGGCUGCGGGCGGGAAGUCGAAGAGCUAAUGGUUGUGAAGGUGAAGAGCAGCCCGAAGGUCGUGCCACCCUGCCCACGACACCGACCUCAUCUCCGAAAGUGGACGACGAGUUGCGGUGGUUGAUCCUAGCCCUUUUUCCGGGUUGCCUGGACAAAUGUGAAAAGUACGACCUUUGCGGACAGAAUAAAACGAAGGAAACUUGUUCUCCAGCAGGAUCAUCAUCAGCGUCUUCACACCAUGACGACAUGAACGGCGACGGAAAAGCGUCUGCGAUGAAGAUGCGAUCUGUUUGGCGCGCCAUGAAAGCCGCGACUGUGCCCGGGGACGACGACGAGCCCCCACGGCACGACGGGGACGAGGAGCAAGGGGUGUCAGAGGAAGAGUUAGCGGAGAAAAGGAGAAACGAGGAUGAAGACUUUGCUGCAGCGCUAGCGGCGUUGGUUGAUGAGGACAAAGAGUGAAAAAUGUAUGAUAUUAAUGCGGUUGCCGGUGCAGCUGCAGUUGCACAUCAGUAAGUGGGAGCUUCCUCAAUGCAUUUACUUGUUUCAUCAGGGAGAAAAAACCACAUGCAUGAGAUUCACGAAGCACUGGCUGUUGAUUUAGGUUCUUCUCCGUUUGUUUGUGAAAUUCAAAAUUUUCUUUUGUCUGCGAAACGCAUCGAAGUGAUCUCUUUUUGUUGUCUGCGAAACACACACGUCCUGGUCCUGAAUCGACGCUCAUUUGUUGCACUUCUCCAUGGUCAGCAUGAUGCUGUUGAUCGAACGGCAGAGCACCAUGGAGCUCUACGACUAGGUUGUUCUUUUCAUGCCAUGGCGCGGUCAAACUCAAACUCUCAAACUUCAC